GUUUGCGCUUUUUGUUUUUAUUUACCAAAAGCGCGUCGAUCUCGAAUUUUUGUAUUAUUUUACUCUUACGUUUUUAUCCUAAAUAUUCUGUUAUUUAAUCCAUGAUGACUAAUCCCGAACAAUUCAUCGUCUACAGUUACACCGUUGGCGAUCAAAUUUACCAGCUAAAGCCGACCAACGACCCACCAAAUGUACAGGAAAUCACAUUGGCUCCGAGUAUAGCACCGGCGAACAUCAUCCAGCUUAUUCCAGCAAACACACUUGCUCAGCACAACCCUUCAACAAUCCGCAUUGUAGAAAACAUUCAAAUCCAUCCACCCACGACAGCGAUUGAUCCAUCAUUGGCAACGGAUCCCCCUGAAGAGUCCGUAAUUUUAGAUUCGAAUGAGAAUAAGACUGACUCCACCGCAAUCGUUGUUCAAGAUGAGCCGCAAUCAUUUUCCACCGAAGAAUCUCAAAAAGUGGUUGUGGUACACAUGGAACCAUCGCAAAAUCAAAACUCCACCGCGAAGAAAAAAUCUGGCAAGCCACCAACAAAAAAGGCUCUGGAUAAGUUGAAAUCCAUGCAGAAGAUGAAACCAUCUGCGCCAGAAGUUCCCGCCAAAGUGAAACUGAAGUCGGAUGGAGCUAAACGCAAGAAAAAAGAUUUCAUCUACGAAUGCGAUGUUUGCGACAGUCGCUUCCUGUCGGCGAUGUCGUUGAAACUACACAAAUCUGGCCACCGAUACGGAGCGCCAGAGGAGAAGAAAUCAUGGAUCUGCCGAUUCUGUGGACGACACUUUUCCCACCAGCAAACGCUAGGAGACCAUGAGAAGAUACACAUCGAUGAGGUGCGGUACAACUGCGAAGCGUGUGGAGCCAAGUAUCAUUCAAAGAGUGGGCUGAGGAACCACCUGGCGAAGAAUGAGGCAUGCGACGAGAACUUCCGCGAAAGGAAGCUUCUGAGGAAAAAAGAAGAAGAGGACGAGAAGACGCAUGAAUGCAAUGUAUGCGGCAAGAAGUACCGACACAGGAAGUCAAUGGUGGAGCACAGGAGUCUGCACUACAAGAGCAAACAGAACAAGUGCGAUCGCUGUGGGGCGAUGUUCGAAACAACUGGAGGAUGGAGGAAACAUAUUGCUAGUGGGAGAUGUGAGUUCUCCAAGUGCAAGUUUAAGGGCGAUGGAGUCGAGGAGGGUGGAGUGUUUAUUCCAGAGGAAAGGAAGAAGUUUUUGGAGCAGGUUGAGAAAGUUAAACAGAAGAAGCAAGGCGAGACGGGGAAGCGAAGAGAAAGUUCAGAUUCAAGUACGGAUGAAGGCGAGCAAGGGAGCUACUCAGACAACGUAGAAGAACAGCAGAAGCUUGAAUCGGCGGAAAUGCCGUUGAUUGUUGAGGAUGAUGAAAACAUUGAAGAUCAUUCCGAAAUAAGAGAUGAAAUGCUUCAAGAAACACCUAUCUUAGGGUCUCCAGAAAUCAAGGAAGAACAGCUAAGUGAUUAUGAGGAAACCAAUUCAUACACUGAAAUUAAAACUCCUGAUGUUGAUUUCGACGCUAACUCAUUGAAUGAAAAGCAUCUUGAAGAUACUCAACACGAAGCCAAAGAACCUAGUUCCCGGAAGCCACGCAAACCAAAAAUCCACCAAUGUCCUACUUGCAGCAAAAUAUUCGCUCGCAGUUUUGUUCUCAAAAAUCACCUUCGAACGCAUACCGGAGAGCGUCCCUUUCUGUGCGACACCUGUUCCAAAUCCUUCGGCGAUUCUGCUUCCCUGAAAGCUCACCUCGUUAUUCACACCGGUGAGAAGCCUUUUUCCUGUUCGGAAUGCCCAGCAAGAUUCGCGCGCAAAAGUGGCCUUCGCAAUCACAUCACCAUGCACUUCAAUCUCCCCUGUGACCAAUGCGAUCAGAAGUUCCCUUCCCGGAAAACUCUCAUGCGGCACAAGAUCAAACACCAAGGCAUUCGGCCCUUUCUGUGCGAGAUCUGUUCCAAGGACUUCCGCACUAAAGCCGACAUGCAGGCUCACAUGCGGAUCCACACUAACGAGAAGCGCUACACUUGCAACAUCUGCUCUGCUCGCUUCAACUGCCCAUCCACACUUAGACGACAUCGCAAUGUCCACGCCCCACCGGAAACCCGUCCAGUCUGCUCAACCUGUGGCAGUUCCUUUUCAUCGCAGCAAGCCCUCCGGAAGCACGAAAACAUCCACAAGAAUCUCAAGCCCUUCCAUUGUGAAGUUUGCGCCAAGAGCUUCCGGGUGAAGGACCACCUCAAAAUUCACCAAAGAUCUCACUCCGGAGAGAAGCCGUAUUCUUGCGAACUCUGCCAGAAGCGAUUCAUCACCAAUGGGGAUCUGAAGGUGCACAUGCGAAGGCACACCGGUGAGAAGCCGUUCAGUUGCGACGAGUGCGGGGAGGCAUUCGUGGUGACGGCGAGGUUGUACAGGCACAUGCAACAGAUCGGACAUAAGAGUAGUAAACCGCAGGCGAUUAUCGUGUCGGAUAUUACUAGGGCCACGUGACAUCUUGGUGAGUUUCUACGAGCGCAGCAGAUUGUGUAAAUAGUAGACAUUUUCAAAAAAUCCUUCAAUGGUAGUUUUGUUUUCUGAAACAUACCGAACGCUCCGUUUCCGUUGAAAAAUAUUGCAAAAAUCGUGAUCGAUACCUACUUGAUGAAAUAUAGAGCUUUUAUCUUAA